AUGAAUAAUACUGAACAAAUAAAUUUACUUACGCAUGAACUUGAAUUAAUGCGUGAACGUUAUUUAAAAUUAGUUGAUGUACAUGGACAAUUACAAAUGCAAAAUAGUUUAUUAGAAGAACGAGUUUUAUCAAUUGUUGAAACAUAUUCAAAUGAAAAAAAUCAUUUAGAACAAUCAUUAUUUGAUGCUAAAGAAGAAAUUUUAUGUUUAAAAGAAACAAUUAAUGAAUUACAAUUUGAAAAACAACGAUAUAAAGAUGAUUGUAAUUUAGCUGUUAGACUUUUACAUCGACAUCCAAAUGAAUUCAUCUCAACAACAUCAGGACAAAUUCAAGAGCAAAUUAAUAAUAGAUUUGAAUCGACAUCUACAAAUCAAUCUAUUCCAUCACAAUGUAGUGUUUUAAUGCCAACUUUUCCACCAGCAUUUGUUGCACCUCCUCCAUUAUUUACUACAACAACUAUUCGCCCAUCCAAAAAUACACAAACUCUGUCAUCGAUGACAACAACUAAUGAUAGUCUUCGUCUUGCUGCUGAAGCACUCUUUAAAUCGAAUAGUGUUCAUCGUUUUCCUUCGACUCAAUUUAUGUGUUCAGAUUGUCAUCGAAUAGUUAAACGUUGUGAUGUUAGCGUUCAAACAUCUCUUGAUAAUGUUACGAAUCAUGAUGCAACAUCUCGAUUACGCCUUGUAUCACUUACUUCAUCUGAUGAUGGUCUUAAUGGUGAUGAUGCAUGGCUUUCAUUCGAUUCACAAAUGACAGGUCAAAAAUAUCAAAUGAAUCAUUCAAGACAAGCAUUACAAAGUGAAGGAUAUGAUGAAUUAUCAACUUGUUUAAUACCAAAAAUGCAUCAUGUUUGA